AUGGCUGGGAGACAGCGUGUGCUAGCGCUCCUCAUACAGCGCUACAGGCUGCCCAGGGAGGCCAUCAGACAGCUGCUUGGGGCGAUCAGGCAAGACCUCAGACGUGCUACAAGGAGGAGCUUUGCGCUCACACCGCAAGUGCAGCCCUUGGCCGCCCUCCGAUUCUACGCCACAGGGAGCUUCCUGCAGGUGGUAGGAGAUGGCCAGGGCCUGUGCAAGGCGUCGGUGUGCAGAUCGUUCCAGGCAGUGACAUACAGUCUCCUUCGUCUCGUACCGCGACACGUCCGUUUCCACAGCAGAGACGAGAUGGGUGCGACCCAAGAGAACCUUUUUCGGUCGUUCCACAUCCCACAAGUGGCCGGAGUCGUGGAUGGAACUUUGAUUCCAAUUCUCACGCCCCACGUUGAUGGCCACGUCUACAUCUGUCGGAAGGGAUAUGCCGCUGUCAACUGCCAGGUGGUGUGCGACCAUCAGGGCAUCAUCCUGGAUGUCGUAGCGAGAUGGCCUGGAAGCACUCACGACUCCUUCGUGUUCCUGGCUAACCCGGGAGACGUCCACGAGGAACAGUACAACGAAGCCCACCGUCUGGCCCGGUGCAUUGUCGAGCGCACGAUCGAAAGGUGGAAGUUGCGCUUCCGAUGCCUCCACACGUCCGGCGGAGGGCUCCAGUUUGCGCCAGCCAAGUCGUGCGCUGUGAUCUGCAUGACAGCAAUGUUCCACAACAUUGCAGCCAAGGCUGGGGUGGCGUUGGGUGAACCGGACGAGGACGAGGAAGAAUCAUUCGAAUUUGGUUUGGAAUCACGCUGA